GCUCUCCCACCCCCGGCGGAGGGACAGCAGCUGCUUGGCAGGGCGCGCCGCCGAGGUGCUGGGGAAGGCGGGAGCCACCCGCGGCAGCCGAGGGGCCGGGAGUCCGGAGCGCAGCCGAGGCCCCCUCCAGGGCGACCUCAGCAGCCGAGGGGACCCCGCUUCGGGGCUGCCCGCUCUCUUUCCCACCUGGGGAAGGCAUUUCAGAGCCUGUCCUUCGCGCAGUUCUUGUUGACAGUGUCACGAGGAAGUAAAACCCUUAAUGAAGAAUGAAGAUAUUCAGAUGUUGUAUUAAAUACCCCCUACAGCAGAAAGUUUUCAUCCUGUUCUUAACCCUGUGGCUGUUCUCCCUGUUGAAGCUUCUAAAUGUGGGAAGACUCCUCUUCCCUCAGAGAGGCAUUUACUUGGUGGAGCACUUCCUCAGUACCUCCCCUUUUGUAAGGAACAGAUACACCCAUGUUGACAACGAAGUCCGGUAUAAAGUUAACUGUUCGGGUGUCUAUGAACAGGAGCCUUUGGAAAUUGGCAAGACUCUGGAAAUUAGAAGAAGAGACAUCAUCGACUUGGAUGAUGAUGACGUUGUGGCAAUGACCAGCAAUUGUGACGUUUAUCAGCUCCUAAGAAGGUACCAUCAAAAGCUCGUUUCAAGGGAAGAGAAAAGCUUCCCAAUAGCCUAUUCUUUGGUGGUUCACAAAGAUGCAAUCAUGGUUGAAAGGCUAAUCCAUGCUAUAUACAACCAGCACAAUAUUUACUGCAUCCAUUAUGACCAUAAGUCACCCGACACCUUCAAAGUCGCCAUGAACAAUUUAGCUAAGUGCUUCUCCAAUAUUUUCAUUGCUUCCAAAUUAGAGACUGUGCAUUAUGCCCACAUUUCCAGACUCCAAGCUGAUUUAAAUUGCUUGUCAGAUCUUCUCAAGUCUUCAGUUCAAUGGAAAUAUGUUAUCAACCUGUGUGGGCAAGACUUUCCUUUGAAGUCCAACUUUGAAUUAGUGUCAGAGUUGAAGAAACUCAAUGGAGCAAAUAUGUUAGAGACAGUGAAACCCCCUAACAGUAAGACGGAAAGAUUCAUUUAUCACCAUGAACUCAGACAGGUGCCUUAUGAAUAUGUGAAGCUACCAGUAAGGACAAACAUCUCCAAAGAAGCUCCCCCUCAUAACAUUGAGAUAUUUGUUGGCAGUGCUUACUUUGUUUUAAGUCGAGCAUUUGUUAAAUAUGUUUUCAACAACUCCCUGGUUAAAGACUUUUUUGCCUGGUCUGAAGACACCUACUCGCCUGAUGAGCAUUUUUGGGCUACCUUAAUUCGGGUGCCAGGAAUCCCUGGGGAGAUUUCUCGGUCAGCCAAGGAUGUGUCUGACCUACAGAGUAAGACCCGCCUUGUCAAAUGGAAUUAUCACGAAGGCCUUUUCUAUCCCAGUUGUACUGGCUCUCACCGCCGAAGUGUGUGUAUCUACGGAGCAGCAGAAUUGAGGUGGCUUAUCAAAGAUGGACAUUGGUUUGCUAAUAAAUUUGAUUCUAAGGUGGACCCUGUCUUGAUUAAAUGCUUGGCAGAAAAGCUUGAAGAACAACAGAGAGAGUGGAUCAAUUUGUCUUCAGAAAAGUUAUUUAUGGAUAAAAAUCCCACAAUCUCGUCAUGAUAAAAUCAUGAUGGAAACAAGGCAUCUGAUAAAUGGAGUUAAUCUGGAGUUGUAUACUAUCCCAUAUCCAGUACCAUAUGAGCUUAACUUCCUAAUUGUU